AUGACAAACGCAUCUGGUAAACUUCCAUUUUUCCAAGUUAUCUCGGAAAAUCUGUAUGGACCGACAGAUUACAAAGCAACUCCGCAUAUGGCAAUAAUUAUUAUAUUGAUGGUGGGAAAGGUUAUAAUAAUAAACAAGGCUCGGAAAAUUAUUUCAUUUAAUAAUCGACAUUCCGAACCGAGAAGUUCAAAGGCUAAAAAUAUAAACCAUGAGGAGUUAAACUUCAGUCGCUCCAGGCCAAGCCCACCAUGUAAAAGGGCGUGUGAUACGAAAUUUG